UCUCUAAUUCGUCAAUUAUUUGCAAUUUUUCGUACAACAACGCGCCAAUGGCGCAUUUCCAAUAAAUAUCAGUAUAACGCAGAGCUAAGAUAACAUUUAAAGUGUUUGGGCAACGAAAUGAGCGAGAUGAACAGCAAAACAACUGACGCCGAUGUCGAGGAGGCCAAUGCACUCGAACAAUCGACAAUAACCAUGGUCGAUGUGCUCGAGCAGGAGAAGGAGAUGGAGGACGAGUACGCCGCUGUGCUUGGCGCCUCCGAUGAGAAAGCCUGCACCUAUGCCAAGGGUCCCAUUCAACGGCAGGCCUUGUAUUCCUGCCUCACCUGCUGCCCGGAGGCGCGCACGGAUCUGGCCAAGUGCGCGGGCGUCUGCCUGGCCUGCUCCUAUCGCUGCCACGAAAACCACGAACUGGUGGAGCUGUACACCAAGCGGAACUUCCGCUGCGACUGUCCCACACUGCGCCUGGGCACCGUCAAGCGCUGCUGCCUCAAUCCCCAGCUGGACGCACCCCAGCCGCCAAACGACGCCAAUUUGUACAACCAAAACUUCCAGGGCCUCUACUGCUCCUGCAAGCGUCCCUACCCUGAUCCCGAGCGCACCACCGAGGAGGUGAUGCUGCAGUGCGCUGUGUGCGAGGACUGGUACCAUUUGCCGCACAUGAAGGCUCCCGGUGCCUCCGAGAAGAUGCUCGAUGCGUGCAGCGAAAUGAUUUGCGACACUUGCAUGGACAAGAAUCAGUUCCUGCGCGACUACACGGGUCUGGCACUGCAGCCGGUUGAAGCGGAGAAAGAGUCCAAGGCAGUGGCAGAGGAGGAACAGGUAGAUGCCGAGCCAGAGCAGUCAGAGGAGCCCGCUAGCAAACGCCCCAAGCUCACAGCUGAGGAUUGCCGUCGCCCCAAUCCCACAAAGAAACACCAAGGUGCCGCUUUCUGGACCAACGACUGGCGCAAAUCGCUCUGCCAGUGCACCGACUGCCUGGCGCUCUUCAAGGAAUUUGCCGUGGAGUUCCUAUUGGAUGUGGAUGACUCGGCCAAGACCUACGAGGAGCGCGGCAUGCAGCGUGCCGUGGAGAACUCCAGCUAUGAGCAGGGCAUGCGCGCCCUAUCCUCCAUCGAUCGCACACAGCAGAUUGAUGCCAUAACCGAAUACAAUCGCAUGACACACAAGCUUAAGGAUUACCUAAAGAGCUUUGCCUUGCAAGAUAAGGUCGUAAAGGAGGAGGACAUUAAAGCGUUCUUUAGCCGCAUGAAAGAUGAGCCCAAGCCCAGUGUGGGACAGCCGCAUUUCUGUCGCUAAAAGGGAGUUAACAUUACCCACACAUAUUUAUAUCCUAAGUUCCCACUAUACCUAGUAUUACCACACACAUUCCCCACUCCAAAUUCACAGCAGACACAUGAAGUGCAUCCAUCAAACGUUUAACAUCUCAUAAAUUAUAGUUUAUUCUAUA